UCGCCGCGUCGCCGGUGCCUGCGCCUCCUGCUCCACCUCGCUUCUCCUCUCCCGGCCGAGGCCCGGGGGACCCCAGCGAGAAGCGGGAAUCAUGUUCCGACGCAAGCUGACGGCUCUAGACUACCACAACCCUGCCGGCUUCAACUGCAAAGAUGAAACAGAAUUUAGAAACUUUAUUGUUUGGCUUGAAGACCAGAAAAUCAGACACUACAAAAUUGAAGACAGAGGUAACUUAAGAAACAUCCACAGCAGUGACUGGCCCAAGUUCUUUGAAAAGUAUCUCAGAGAUGUGAACUGUCCUUUCAAGAUUCAGGAUCGACAAGAAGCGAUUGACUGGCUUCUUGGUUUAGCGGUUAGACUUGAAUAUGGAGAUAAUGCUGAAAAAUACAAGGACUUAGUACCUGAUAAUGCAAAAAGUACUGACAAUUCAACUAAAAAUGCAGAACCAUUGAUCAAUUUGGAUGUAAAUAAUCCUGAUUUUAAGGCUGGUGUAAUGGCUUUGGCUAACCUUCUUCAGAUUCAGCGUCAUGAUGAUUACCUGGUAAUGCUAAAGGCAAUUCGCAUUUUGGUUCAGGAGCGCCUAACACAGGAUGCAGUUGCUAAAGCAAAUCAAACAAAAGAGGGCUUGCCUGUUGCUUUAGACAAGCAUAUUCUUGGUUUUGACACAGGAGAUGCAGUUCUUAAUGAAGCUGCCCAAAUUCUGCGAUUGCUGCAUAUAGAAGAGCUUAGAGAGCUACAGACAAAAAUUAAUGAAGCCAUAGUAGCUGUUCAGGCCAUUAUUGCUGAUCCAAAGACAGACCACAGACUAGGGAAAGUUGGAAGAUGAGUGCUGCAGGAUGUCAACUUCUUACCUACUUAGUGUAAACAGGAACCAUGUACCCUUCAGGCAUGUGUUUGGAAAUCAAAUGUCACAUUUUCAAGGGAGGAAUCCCAGGAAAUUGACUGUGUUCUAGAGAUUUAACCACAACUGCUGUUUUCUUUUAAUAAAGUUUGGGAAAGU